AUGGAGGAAUUCCAGCUCGAAGAGCGAGAAGAAAGAGCUGAGGCAGUCGACAGUGAAGGGGUUCCCUCCGUCGAUCUGUCUGGUUGCAAGCUCAAGAAGGGGCAAAUGCCACGUGUGAAAACCCUGCUGAAGAAAUAUAACAACGUAUUCAGCAAGACUCCAAAUGACAGAGGCCUCAAGGACCUGGUGGAGCACCGUAUCGAUACGGGAGACGCACGGCCAAUUAAACAAGCAGCUCGUCGACAACCCUUCAACUAUGUCCGUAGCAGGGAAAGAAGGUUCAAGACAUACGUGGCCAAUCGCGUGAAUGAGAUACGCGACUCGUCAACGCCUGAGCUGUGGCACCAUGUGCCAGGGAAACUUAACCCGGCAGACCUGGCCUCUCGAGGCCAAUCAGUCAAGAGCUUCAAGAAGAGUGAACAGUGGUUCCGAGGGCCAGAUUUCUUAUGGCAAGCAGAGGGCUGCUGGCCCAACGCAGAAGUAUCAGCUCUACCAGAAGAUGAUCCUGAGAUAAAGCAGAAGAAGCUAGUCGGAGUGAUUGCUGUUGGAGAAAGACCCCCAGUAGUAAAUGGCAGACCUCUGGUUGACCGUCUGAUUCAUCGAUACUUUUCAUGGAACAAGCUGUUGCGACUAGUUGCCAUACUGAGGAAGUUUGUUGGGUACCUUAAAGACAAGUCCAACGUGCGCAGAGAGAUUACAACAGAAGAGCUGAAGGGUGCUGAGCUAGCAGUCAUCAAGUAUGUGCAAGGGUCUGAGUAUGCUGAGGAAAUCGCAGACUUGCAGAGGUGCGGAAGAGUGAAAAACACUAGCCCAUUGAAGAAGCUGAGACCUGUGUUGAUCGACGGGAUAUUGAGAGUAGGAGGUCGACUUGCUCUUGCUCCAAUAUCAGAGGACAGCAAACACCCGAUUAUUCUACCGAAGACUAACCGUGUUGCAGAAAUGUUGGUCCUCCACUUCCAUCAGGACACUGCCCAUGCGGGCCAAGAGCAUGUGUUAGCGAGACUGCAUGAGCGAUUUUGGAUUCCGAAGAUCAGGUCCAAGGUCAGGUCAAUGUUGCGGUCGUGCAUUGGAUGCCCGAAGAGACAUGCUAAGAAGAUGAUCCAAGUGAUGGCUAAACUACCUGAUUUUCGACUUGCAGUUUAUGACCCGCCAUUCACAAGAACUGGUACUGAUUACUUUGGCCCUAUGCUUGUCAAACGUGGGAGGUCACAGGUGAAGAGGUGGGGUGUGUUGUUUACUUGUCUCAACACUCGGGCUGUGCAUCUAGAAGUUGCUGAAUCUCUCGAUACUAGCUCAUUCCUGAACGCCCUUAGACGUUUUACUGGCCGGCGAGGACAGCCUUCAGACAUUUGGUCAGAUAACGGCACCAAUUUUGUUGGGAGACAACGGGAACUGAAGGAAGCUUUAGCAGAAUGGAAUCAGCAUCAGAUAGACCGAGAGCUGUUGCAGAAGGGGAUUCGAUGGCACUUCCAGCCACCAGUAGCACCAUAUCACCCCGGUGUGUGGGAGUGCUUGGUGCGGUCAGUGAAACUUGCCCUUACCGCCAUCCUUGGGCAGAGUUUGGUCGUGGAUGAAGUCCUGCAUACAGCGCUAGUUGAAGUCGAGGCAACUCUGAAUAGCCGACCGCUUUGCAAAUCAAGUGAGGAUCCAAGUGACGAUGAGGUCCCGACUCCUAAUCAUUUUCUCAUGCAAAGACGAGCUGUUGCGUUACCUCCAGGAGAGUUUCACGACACUGACCAGCUGCACAGGAAAAGGUGGAGGCAGUCGCAAAUUUUAGCCAACCAUUUUUGGAAGAGGUUCAUCAAAGAAUACCUGGCGACCUUGCAAGAAAGGUCCAUGUGGCAGUUUGAGCAGCGUAACCUGAAGGUCAGGGACUUGGUAUUGGUAGCCGAUGACGACAAGACCAGGGGCCACUGGCCAAUGGGAUUAGUGUCUGCUGUCUUUCCUGGAGAUGAUGGGUCUGUCCGAGUCGUAGAGGUCAAGAGAGGAGAAAACCAUCUCAAACGUCCUGUGCACAAGCUGUGCCUUCUCGAGGAGAGUGACUGA